UGCACACAGGUGAAAGAAAGGGGAACGGGGAAGUCCCGUUUCAUCACGCACAGAAUCGACCUUUUUUUAGUUUCUCGUCUGCUGCAGUUAGCCGCUGGUAGUUUAAAUUUAACUUUUGUUUUUUAACCCAAAAAACCACGGUUAAAAUGAAAAAUAUCGGUAAAUGUUGGUUUCUAAUCUUUAUCAUCCUAAUAUUUUGGUCUGAGAUGAUAUCGGCCACCACUAAACAAGAUGAAGCUGAAAAAGAUACGGGAGGAAUACUUUCAAAUGAUUAUGUUGUUUUUGGUCUAAAAACGGCUGCUGUUGCUGGAGCAACAAUUGUCGGCGCUCCUAUUGUUCUGGGUGCAGCCGGUUUUACAGGCGCAGGCAUUGCAGCAGGCUCCCUAGCAGCUACCUACCAGAGCACCAUGAUCGGAGGGACUAUCGUUGGAGGCUCUAUGUUCGCUGGUCUUCAAAGUCUAGGAGCUGCAGGCCUAGGAAUUGCAGGCAAGGCAGCUGUUGCAGCCGCCAGUGGAGCUGGAGUAAAAUUGUACGAUAUGUGGUACGGAAACGACAAGGGAGAUACCAGUGGAUGUGCUAAAAAGAAGGAAACCAACAAGGACUGCAGUACAAAUUAAGAGAAUGAAACUUUUUUUAGGCUACAUUCGGAAACAGGCACCGGUCACACCGGUGCCACCGCAAGCGUUCGGAAACGAUCGAGUCCCAAUACUUUUUCAAUGGACAGUAUUCACCUGACGUCACUGCGGGUAAAAACCCUCACUGCAGUGCAUUGUGGGAACUGUAGUAGACGAAAAUCCGGCACUACAGCGUAUAAUAACACUUGCUUUUGUGUGGCUUAUAAACUUUUCUUUCUAUUUAAAAAUGGGAGAUUUUUUACGUUUUUAACUAAGAAACGCUGUAAAAGAAUGAUGAACGAUUCAUUUGAUACGAAAUGCUUUCUUUAUUAUCGUAUUUUCAUGGGUUUAAGCCUCUUUGGUUCCUUAUCACAAACAUGGUGAAAACUCGAAUUCUCUUUUUAUUUUCUCCGUUUCUCGGCAUUUUCCAUGCAUUCGUAAGUCUUUUUAAGCUCUAAACAUGUUCAUUAUGCGCAUGAAGUCCAGUAAUCCUUAAAUAAAACGAGUUUUUUUAGCACUACUGACAUUGCGUGAUUGGUCAAAAUACCCGCAGACGGACAGCUGAUGGGACCGUUGCCAAAUCAUGAAUAAGGUCCAUUAGGGAUUCAACCGUUUCUUCCGCUUGCGGUGGCACUGGUGCGACCGAUGUCUGUUUCCGAAUGUAAACUUAUAAAAUUAAACCAGCGCCCCCUUAAUACUAAAUGACUGUUGCAUUUGCCUUAAAAAGUGAACUGCCCAUAUAUAUGAAAAUAAUACGAUAGACAGCGGCACCCAGCGGCCGUCCAACUAUGGCGAUGGAUCAAAACGGUUCAAAUUGAAUUGUUAAUUGGUUACUGUUAACUUCUCCGCUAUUAAUUUCUAAUAUAUCUGAUAGAUGGCAGUAUUAGCCAUACACUUUUGAGUUUCGUUUUUGCUCUAUGUAUAAAACGAGAAAGCGAUGGGCAUUUAGUGUUACUGGGGCGUUGAUCAGAUCUACGCAUUUUUACUGAAUCAGCCUUGUGAAAGUAGUGGAACAUCAGAACGAUAUCAAAAUAUGUCGUCAUAAUAGCAUACGUCUCAAGCUAUUUGCACGUAUGUUAAAUUUUUACAUAUAUAUUUGCACUUCGUUCUCUGAAUUUUAAAUUUUGACUUAUAAUUUUUUAAGAAUUUGAACAUAAGGAAGCCAUUUUGUAUCAUAGUGGUAUUAACUUAGUAAAAAAUAAGUACCUGAAAAUAAUUAUUUGUACAGGACGCGUACAAAUCAUCAAUUUUUAAGCGCAAAAACUAUUUUUCGAAAGUUGUUAAUGUGUAUUAUGACGCAUAAUAGUUCCUUACAGUCAAAUGAAUGAAAAAUAAAAGCUACAAUUUUAAAAUUUCAGGAAUAAAAGUCAAAUAAAUGCAUAAAGGUAUCAUAAAUGUGGACAUGGAUUGAGCAAUAUCUCUGUCAAUGUUUUGUGGAUGGCAUAUUAAUAUCAUGUGCUGUGCUAGCGGCUAAUUGUAAUCAAUAAAAUAUUUUCAUUUACCAAUACAGUAGUUUAUUUGGCUCAUUGACUGAAGAGACGGCAAUGAGGGUGAUUCUCGUACCGGUCGAACUUCUUCCUCUAUCGUUUUCCACCAGUCACGUGAACGAAAUUGUAUCCGAUUCACCAAUCAAUGAUAUCAAUUUCGUCAUGUGAUGAUGAAGAAGCCGAUAGUCAAGUUAAUCUCAGGCGUUCGAC